CUCAAAAAUCAGAAGACCACUAAAAUAUAACACUAAUCAUGUCUGCUUCUCAAUCCUUCCACUUCCUCUCCACCAUGUCUGCCACCACCCCACGAUCUUCCUCUUUUUUCUCCUCUCCCAUUCUUCCCUAUCCCCUACUUUUCUCCGGUGUUUGGUUGCAUGGGACUAAAGACAAACGAGGUAGCGUUGAUAUUCGCCCAAGAAGCAGUGCUAUAUCGAAGCCACGCACUCAAGAAUACCCAGAUGUCUUUCAAAAGAAAGAAGCGCCAGUCAUUAAGUGGCAUGAGAUUGUGGAGGAUGACAUAGAAGACCAAGUUCCUAAGGUUUCUAUAUCAAAUGAGAAAAUAAAACUCAUUCAAACUAUUAAAUCCAUGUUGGAUUCCAUGGAAGAUGGAGAGAUAAGCAUUUCAGCUUAUGACACCGCAUGGGUUGCUCUUGUUGAAGAUGUUAAUGGAAGUGGGAAUCCUCAGUUCCCAUCUAGCCUUCAAUGGAUAGCCAAUAAUCAGCUUCCAGAUGGAUCAUGGGGUGAUGCUGAUAUUUUUACUGCGCAUGACAGGAUACUCAAUACAUUAGCUUGUGUUAUUGCGUUGAAGACGUGGAAAAUACAUUCAGACAAGGCUGAUAAAGGACUGAAAUAUUUUAAAGAGAACUUGUGUAAGCUUGGAGAUGAGAACGCUGAGCACAUGCCUAUCGGCUUUGAAGUGGCUUUCCCUUCACUUCUAGAGCUAGCACGAAAAUUAGACAUUGAAAUUCCUGAGGAUUCUUCUGUCCUGCAAGAGAUAUAUGCCAGCAGAAAUCUGAAGCUCAAAAAGAUACCGAAGGACAUCAUGCACAAAGUGCCCACCACGCUACUCCAUAGCUUGGAAGGAAUGUCAGGCCUAGACUGGGAAAAGCUUCUGAAAUUAAAGUGCCAAGAUGGCUCGUUCUUGUUCUCUCCAUCGUCCACUGCCUUCGCCCUCAUGCAAACUAAAGAUCAAAAUUGCUUGGCGUAUUUAAACAAGAUAGUCCAACGAUUUAAAGGAGGAGUACCAAACGUGUACCCGGUUGACCUAUUCGAGCACAUCUGGGCUGUGGAUCGCUUGCAACGCCUUGGAAUCUCAAGAUAUUUCCAGCAAGAGCUUAAAGAAUGUGUUAACUAUGUUGCCAGGUAUUGGAGAGAAGACGGCAUCUGCUGGGCAAGAAACUCCGAGGUUCAUGAUAUUGAUGACACAGCUAUGGCGUUCAGGAUGCUUAGAUUAUACGGCCAUGAAGUUUCUUCCGAUGUAUUCAAACAUUUUAAGAAGGGUGAUUCUUUCUUCUGCUUCGCCGGGCAGUCAACUCAGGCUGUUACAGGAAUGUUCAACCUUUACAGAGCUGCUCAGGUGCUAUUUCCAGGGGAGAAAAUCCUUGAGGAAGCCAAGGAAUUUUCUUCCAGUUUCCUAAAAGAAAAGCAAACUGCUAAUGAAGUCCUCGAUAAAUGGAUUAUAACCAAGGACUUACCAGGAGAGGUCGAAUAUUCAUUGGGUGUUCCAUGGUACGCCAACUUGCCACGAGUAGAGGCAAGAUUCUACUUAGAACAGUAUGGUGGCAAAGAUGAUGUAUGGAUUGGCAAGACUCUUUACAGGAUGCCAUAUGUGAACAACAAUGAGUACCUCCAGCUCGCAAGACUUGACUACAACAGUUGCCAAGCACUGCAUCGCGUUGAAUGGGACAAUUUUCAAAAGUGGUAUGAAGGAUGCAAGUUGGGGGAUUUUGGAAUAAGCAAAAAAGAGCUCCUACUUGCGUAUUUCAUAGCGGCAGCAAGCAUAUUUGAGCCGGAAAGGUCGAAAGAUAGGCUUGCAUGGGCUAAGACCACAAUCUUGCUGAAGACCAUCGACUCUUAUUUCCAUGACAACAAUAACAUUGAGCAGAGAAGAGCUUUUGUCCAUGAAUUUAAAACCGGGAUUCCUGCACCACCAGCCGUAAAUGGAAGGGUAAUGGAAACAAAAACAACACACGAACUUGUGAGGAUUGUGCUUGGAACCCUAAACGAUGUCUCGUUGGACGCAAUGGUGUUUCAUGGAAGAGAGAUUAGCCACACUUUACGUCAUGCUUGGGAAAAAUGGCUUCUAAAGUGGGAAAAAGAAGGAGACAGAAGCCAAGUAGAAGCAGAAUUGAUAGUGAAAACAAUAAAUCUAGCAGCUGGAAGAUGGAUUUCUGAGGAUCUCUUGAGCUAUCAUCCUCAAUAUGAAAAUUUUUUUAAACUUACAAAUAGAAUAUGCCAUCAACUUGGACAUUACAAGAAGAACAAGGCACAUGAGAACAAGAGAAGCACAACCCCAGAAAUAGAGGGUGACAUGCAAGAGCUGGUGAAGUUAGUGCUUCGAAACUCAUCAGAUGGAAUGGAUUCUGAAAUCAAGGGAACAUUUUUUACAGUGGCUAAGAGUUUUUACUACGAUGCAAUCUGCGAUCCUGGGACCAUGGACUAUCACAUUUCUAAAGUACUCUUUGAAAAAGUACUCUACUAAUUUAUUUAUUCACAUUUUUUCUGUGCAAGAAUUGUGCGAUCUUUUCUUGCAUAUUCUUGUCAAUUAUUGCAAUGUAACUUUACCCAAUGAACUAGUCAAUAUAUAGUAAAAAUAAGUUAAUUUUUUUA